AUGAUCAAGUCGUUUAGGAAAAGCAAAAGACUGUCUAGUUCUUCUGGCUCACCGAAAAAGACAAUUUCACGAGUUUCUUCAACAACCCUUGACUCAGAAAGCGCACUCCAGUCUCCCAAAAAAGUUAUAAAGGCGCUAUAUGACUACGAACCACAAGGACCAGGAGAGUUGAGAUUCAAUACUGGUGAGUUUUUCCAUGUGUUGAACGUAUCCGAUGACCCGAGACAUCGAGAGGCAGAGGAGAAUGGGUGGUUCGAGGCAACCAAUCCCAUGACAAACGCCAGAGGAAUGGUGCCCAUCAGCUAUUUCGAGGUAUUUGACAGAUCGCGGCCAUCGACUACUGCAUCCAAUCAAAGCACGAGUCUGCGUUCAGGCUCACGUUCGCUGAAUCCAAAUCAAACCUUGUAUGCGGUAACCUUGUACGAAUUCAAAGCAGAAAGAAACGACGAGCUUGAUGUUUCGCCAGGAGAAAACUUGAUUAUAUGUGCCCAUCAUGACUACGAGUGGUUUAUAGCCAAGCCUAUAAAUAGACUAGGUGGUCCGGGGCUAGUUCCUGUUUCUUAUGUCAAAAUCAUUGACUUGUUAAAUCCGCUAGCAGCGGAAUCUACAGUUGAUACUUCGAAUCGAGAUCAUGUUAUUGAACUUAUAAAUGGAUUCAAGAUCCCAACUGUUGAACAAUGGAAAGAUCAAACUGCAAAAUAUCAAGCGUCAAGUAUACCACUCGGCCACAUCUCAAGCACAAAAGCCCCACCACAGUCAUCGACAUCUCAAUUUUUUGACGGUCAAACUCCAGCUUCAAAUAGGUCGUCGUUGGUGUCAACUUCAGUCAUUGAUGCUAGUGUUGAUUCGUACCAGCUAGAUCAUGGGCGUUAUCAAUACUUGAUUACAGCAAAAUUAUCCAAUGGUAAGAUAAGGCAUCUUUAUCGAUACUAUCAGGAUUUUUACGACUUGCAAGUACGCUUACUAGAGUUGUUUCCAUACGAAGCAGGUAAAAUUGAGCACUCAAAGAGGACAAUUCCCUCCAUACCUGGUCCUUUAAUCAAUGUCAACGAUUCAAUUUCAAAAUUAAGACGAGAGAAGUUGGACAUUUAUUUGUCACAGUUGAUUGCAUUGCCACCGCAUAUCUCGCGGUCCGAAGAUGUAUUACAAUUAUUCGAGGUGUUGAACAAUGGGUUUGACCGUGAAGUCGAUGCUCCUAACAGAAGAGGUUCCAAGCCAAUAAGUCAAAAGUCAAACUCGCAUCAAGAUAGAAUGUCGCAAUAUUCAAACUUUGGAAUACAUCCUCGAGCUUCAGAGCAUUCAAAUGAGUCGUACAGGUCGAGAGAAUCAUCAAGUGGGAACUUGCUUCAGGACGCAGACAAACAACAACAAAAAGUCAAGGUUAAAUUUUAUUACGAAGACGAUAUUUUUGCAUUGUUGUUGCCAUCUAAUUUAAGACUUCAAGAUUUGAAAACAAAGUUAUACCACAGGUUGGAAUUGGAUGACUUGCAACAACACAACUUUACACAGCCCAAGACAAUUGAUUCAAUUAGGUUAUUUCUAAAACAUGACUAUGAGGACUUUGUGAAGGAGAACGGUAUCCGUGACGUUGAUUUCAAAAUACACGGUGCAAAAUUGGAAGAGUUUGAGGUUGAUGAUGAUGAAAAAUUCCAUGAGGUACUUUAUGAAAAAUGCAAGUUGAUUAUUUUGUUAACAUGA